UAAACAGUCAGUAUCAAGCGAGUUUCUGACUCGUCCAGUUUAAAACGUUUCGAUCCGAAUAACAAUGAACCGGAAAGCACUACAAUCUCUUACAAUAUUAAUUAGCCUAACGACUCUAAUUAACGGCGACAACUAUGUGUUCGAAUCGAAUGUGUUAGACGAUCCAAACAGAGUGCCGACUCUGUCAAAUGGUCACAUCGGAUUCGUUGCAUACAACGAUGCGGUUCACUUGAAUGGAGUGUAUAACGGUCAGACCGGUGAAAGCCAUCGAGCUCGUAUACCGAACUAUGGACGUGUUCAGUUUGAUUUGUGUGGACUUUAUGCACCGGAAGAUUUGUGUACAUAUUCCUUGGAUAUGAGGCAGGGAGUGUUUCGCACGACAUCCGUGUAUGAAGGCUAUACGGUAGAAUUGGUGACAUAUGCUCAUCGAUACUAUGAUAAAGCACUCGUAAACCAUGUUACGAUUAGGAGGUCCGUGCCGGGAAGUACAGGUACCUACACCGUCAGUCUGCAAAAUUUACCGGGAGCUGCAAGUGUUGACUUUGAUAUUAUAUCAGAUGGUGUUCGCACCAUUGAUGAAGUAGUCACAAGAGUAGUACAAUUAAGAACUGUCGUAAAGGAGCAUGACUCAUACCAGCCGAAUUUACGUGACGUUUUCGUCUACUCCCAAAACGUUGACCAAUUAAUACAAUUAGCUAGCGCAGAAGAUGAACGAACAUUUACGUAUAUUACAUGCUUUGGAAGCGAUAAAGGAUCCUUGGCAGAUAUCGAACAAGAAUACCGAUCAGUAUUACCGAUCAGAGACACCAUUCUAUCGUCUCACAUUGCCGAAUGGGAAAAGUUUUGGACGUCGAGUGGCAUCUCGGUUGAGGGCAACGAUGAAUUGGACAAAUCCAUUCAUGCCAGUUUGUUCUUCUUAAGUUCAGCUCUGCCGUCGCUAAAUACUUCAGGAUUGUACCAGAAACCGUUUUACGGAUUGGCACCCAGUGGUCUUGGCAGAGGUGGUGUAGUUCUGUCCGAAUAUCAAGGACAUUCGUUUUGGGACACCGAGAUUUGGAUGUUACCACCGGUUCUGUUGCUAGAGCCCGAAUGGAGUAAAGCUACUCUGAACUAUCGGUUUCAAGGUCGAAUCGCUGCGGCUGACAUUGCCAAAAGUCAUGAUUACGAAGGUUGGAGAUUCCCAUGGGAAGGUGGAUACACUGGUUGCGAAACCACACCCGAUUGCUGUCCGCAAAAUCCAUUUUACCAGCAACAUAUCACCGCUGGUGUAGCCUAUGCAUAUCGAAAUCAAUUUUUUGCCACCCACGACGAAGAAUGGAUGAAAUCGGAAGGAUGUGAAAUGGCAUACCGAACAGCUGAGUAUUGGGCCAGUCGUGUCGUAUACAAUUCAACCGAUAAAUUAUAUGAAAUAAUUGGGGUCAUGGGACCGGAUGAAGAUAUUUGGAAUGUUACAAAUAAUCCGUACACAAAUGUAAUUGCCGCCUAUAAUUUGUUCUUCGGAGAAUACGCUGCCUGCUACUGCCAUCAGUUCUUCCCCAAUUUAUACAACGAAUCGAACGGUUGGGAUAAAAUAGCAAGAGGAAUACGUUUGCUGUACGACGCAGAACUUGAUUACACUCCGCAACACGAAACAUUCGAUCCGGACGAAGACACUGUCAUCAAACAGGCCGAUACCGUUUUGAUCGGUUAUCCUUUAAUGUAUCAGUUAGCUACCAGCACAUUGCGGAACAAUCUUUACAAAUACGGUAAUAUGACCCGCGAAGAUGGUCCCGGAAUGACAUGGGCAAUGCAUGCUAUCGGACACAUUGACAUCGGAGAGGUGCCCAGUGACGAAAUGUUUUACAGAAGCUAUGAUCCGUAUAUUCGACGACCGUUUUAUACAUGGCAAGAGGUUGUUGAACCGUUUGUGGGUGUCGGUAAUUUCAUUACUGGUGCUGGUGGUUUUCUUCAGUUGAUAUUGAAUGGAUAUGGUGGCAUUCGAUUGUACAGUGAUCAUAUGGCAAUUAGUCAUACUUUACUACCGCCUAGUACAACCAAACUGACUAUUAAUGGUUUCAAAUAUCUGAAAGGGGAAUUCUCUUUGGAACAAACUGACACAUCACUUAGACUGACGGUGAAACGUUUUGGUAAUGUGCUCAUCCGAAUCGACGGUCAACCGCCAGCUUCUCAAACUCAAACCAUUUAUGACCUGUCGAAAACGCAAACCAUUGAAUUUUGGCCGAGCUCAUCGGACAUUUUUGCCAAGUGCACUAUGGCUCCGAAUAUCAUUAACAUACCAACCGAUUUCGUUGAGCCGACACCAGAACCGCCUACUACACAGCCACCAACAACAACAGAACCGCCAACAGAGCGACCGACUAGUGAACCAUCAAAAAGUAGUUCGACAUUUAAAAUAUCAUCAUUUUUAAUAGCAGCCAACAUUUGUGUACUCUACUUCUUCUUACGUUAAAAGUUGUUCAAAUAUAUAUCCCGCAACAGUCGGGGAAUUUCUUUUUU